GGGCAGUAAAACCACUCAUCUCAUAAAGCAGGACGGAACUUAAGGCGCAGCGAGUACAAUUGAAAAAGUAUACGUUUUAUAAGCAGUAUUUAUAACAGUGCUGUCAUUGCCAACCAAGGUACCUUAAUGCAGUUAUUGUAAUAUCCAAGCUUUCGUACAGGAGGAAACGCGAAAAGGGAUAUAGUCAUGACAAACGAUGAUGAUAAAGGGAUUCCAGUGCGGGUUGCCUUGCGAAGCCGCCCGUUGGUAACUAAAGAAAUCAACGAGGGAUGUCAGUGCUGUCUCACUUUUGUGCCUGGAGAACCACAGGUGAUUGUUGGCACAGAGAAGGCGUUCACCUAUGAUUAUGUGUUUGAUCCCACCGCUGAACAAGAAGAGGUCUUCAAUACGUCUGUGUCUCCCUUAUUGUGUGGGCUUUUCAAAGGCUACCAUGCCACCGUUCUUGCCUACGGACAGACUGGAUCAGGGAAGACCUUCUCCAUGGGAGGAACAUACACAUCAGCUCAGGAAACCGAUCCUGCAGUCGGAGUUAUUCCAAGGGUUAUCAAAAGGAUCUUUGAGGAAAGGGAGAAGAGGGCAGACUGUGAAUUCUGCCUGGCAGUGUCUUACCUUGAGAUCUAUAAUGAAGACAUAUUGGACUUGCUGUGUACUUCGAAAGAUAAAGCUAGCCUCAGCAUUAGAGAAGACCCUAAAGAGGGCAUAAAGAUCGUGGGUUUGACCGAGAGGCGGGUGUUCUCCGCCCAUGAGAUGGUUGGCUGUCUGGAGAUUGGAAACUCAGCUCGCACCGUGGGCUCCACCGCCAUGAACGCCGCUUCUUCCCGCUCACAUGCCAUCUUCACCAUCACUCUGGAGCAGCGCAGAGGCACAGACAAAGCCGACUCAGUUGUUUCAAAAUUGCACCUUGUGGAUCUGGCUGGUUCAGAAAGGCAAAAGAAAACCAAAGCAGAGGGAGAUCGUUUAAAAGAAGGCAUCAGCAUCAAUCGAGGCCUUUUGUCUUUGGGUAAUGUGAUCAGUGCCUUGGGGGAUGAAAGCAAGAAGAGCAGCUUUGUUCCGUACAGAGACUCCAAACUCACCCGCCUGCUUCAAGAUUCUUUAGGAGGCAAUAGCCACACUUUGAUGAUUGCGUGCAUCAGUCCUGCAGACUCUAACAUGGAGGAGACCAUCAACACGCUGCGAUAUGCUGACAGAGCGCGCAAGAUUAAAAACAAACCUAUUGUCAACAUUGACCCCAGAGCUGCAGAAAUGAACCAUUUGAAACACCAGGUUCAGGAGCUGCAGGUGAUGCUUCUUCAUGCCCGUGGAGGAGUGGGUCUGGUGCUCUCGGGGCCAGAGUCCACGGAGAAAGUGAGUAAGCUGUUGGAAAGGAAUCGCUCCCUGCAGGAUGAGAACAACAAACUGAGCAGGGAGCUGAGCGAGGCAGCUGGACAGACUGCCUUCAUGUUUGAGAAAAUCAUCAUGACGGAACUGGAAAAUGAGAAACUGCAAAGCAGAAUGGAGCAACUGCGGCACCAUGCAGCAUGUACGGUGGACCUUCAGAAACUGAUGGAGACCCUGGAGGACCAGGAGUUGAAGGAGAACGUUGAAGUGAUGAAGAGCCUGCAGGACAUUAUCUUGGAGCUAAAGAGUGAGAGUGAAGGCAUCGCUGCCUCCAUCGACGCUAUGGCUGCAGGAGAGGAUGGAGCUGAGCUGUCCGGGAACGGCAGUACAAACGAUGAUCCAGAUGUCACUGGCAGUGCUGGAAAGGACUCCCCGGAGGGCUUCACUACCCAUCAUGCUCUGCGGCAGGCCCAGCUCUCCAAGGAACUGAUUGAGCUGAACAAAGUGUUGAGCUUGAAAGAAGCCUUUGUGAGGAAGAUGUGCCAGAAUGACACCCAGUUAGAGCCGAUGCAGUUGGAGCACCAGCAAAAUGUUCACAGUCUGCAGACCUCGGUGGAUUCUCUGCAGAAGGAGAAAGAGGAUCUCCUUCUGGCACUUUCUGCAAAGAAAGACACCAACCAGGCCAAGCUCAGUGAGCAGCGCAGGAAGAGACUGCAGGAGCUCGAGUGCCAGCUGGUUGACAUGAAGAAGAAACUUCUGGAUCAGUCCAAAAUGCUGAAACUCAAAGAGACCUCCGUGAAGAAAGUUGGCAAUCUCAUGCAGGAGAUACAGGGGAUGAAGAACCAGCGCACGCAGCUGAUGAGGCAGAUGAGGGAGGACUCUGAGAAGUUCAGACAGUGGAAGAGCAAGAAGGACAAGGAGGUGCUGCAGCUCAAGGAGAAGGAUCGUAAACGGCAGUACGAGUUGCUUAAACUUGAGAGGGAUUUUCAGAAACAAGCCAAUGUUCUGCGUCGUAAAACUGAGGAGGCUGCAGCAGCAAACAAGCGGCUGAAAGAUGCUCUGCUGAAGAGAAGUGAGGUAGCAGACAAACGCAACAGAGGAAUAGAGGGAGCUUCUACAAGAAUUAAGAAUUGGCUCCUGAAUGAAGUGGAGGUGAUGGUGAGCACAGAAGAGGCCCGGCGCCACCUCAACGACUUGCUGGACGACAGAAAGGUUUUGGCUCAGGAGAUCAACCACCUCAAACAGCAGAUGGAGGCAGGGGACCGGCCUGCUGCCAAGAUCAGACGCCGGACCCUGAUCAUCUCUGAGCUGGAGACCCAGGGGGCACUGGAGACGCCUCUGACCAAACAGGUGGAGAACCUGGAGACAGAGAUGGGCCUCAGGAAUGCCCAGAUAGCCGACCUUCAGCAGAAAGUCCUAGUCGCCGACAGCGAGGGCCGGAUGAAACAGCGCUUCGACAGCAUCACCAGCAUAGUCGAUGCCAAGUGUGCCCUUAAGCUGCUUGUGUCUGAGCUGGUGGCUGCUAAAACAGCCGGUGGCAAGCUGGAGAGCGAGCUCAAACAGGAGGCGGGGAAUGCUCAGGACCUGAGGAAGAUGCUGGCUGACGAGAGGAACGUCAUGUCCACCAUGGACAUGGAGCACCAGGUGCAGAUGGUGGAGCUGGAGCAGAGGCAUCAAGAGAAGGUCCAGUACCUCCUUAACCAAAUACAGGACAAAACCACACGUGAAGAGUCGGCCAAAGCAAAGGAGGAAGAGGAGAGCUCCAUGGAGAAGGAGCUUCUCCAGCGCCUCCAAAUUCAGGAAGAAGAACUUGAAAAGCUACGAGAAUUAAGCGAGCAGAACCAGGCACUGCUGGAGGAGAACGAGCAAUAUAAACAGAAAGUCUCAUUGCUCAACUGCAUUGCAAGUGAUAAGAAAGUCCUCAUGCCUUCGACCAACAGUGGAAACAACGCAGAUGACUCGUUUGAGUACGUUCCUUCAAAGCCAAAAGGAAAGCGCUUCACAACAGCUAAACUUCAGCAGGAAAUGGACAUCAACAUUGAAGAGCUGAGGUCUCACAGUGAGAGCGAGGCUGAGGAUGAUUGGCAUCCUGUGAAAGCUGAGAAGGCACGCAGAACCUCCAAGAAGCCAAACGCUACCAGGUGUGCGUGUAAAGGUCGCUGCAGUAACCGCUACUGCAGGUGCCGUAAAGGAAAGAUGACCUGCGGGGAGAACUGCCAGUGUGAUCACGAGAAGUGUCGAAAUAUGGACAACCAGGGGAAUCCCGAGGAUGGAAGUCAGGCAGAAAAUGUUUCCAAAGACUCUCUUCAGGACCCCUCAUCCGUCAGCCCGGACAACGCCACAUUCUUCAAGCCGCCCUCUUGUACACCCACUAAGAAGGUGCUAAAAGAACUCGGGGAUAUGGGACACACCACUACAGACCUGAAGUUGGUCAGGAAGCCUCUCCUGCCAGAUGAAGAAGAGGACAUGGAUGAGGAGACGGAGGACAGAACAACAGCCAGUUUCCUCAAGAAGAAGAAACGAAUCCUAACCAGCUUUCAGAACAGCUUCUUCUCUGGGUGCACUCCAAUCAGAGAGGAGUCUUAAUCAGGGCAGAGUUAGUUUAGGCCUGUGUGUGUACUUAAAUGUUGUGUCUUUUUUUUUUUUAAAUGUUUACACUGUUGUACUGUAACAUGAAAGUAGCUGUUGAUUCUACGUCACUUUUUUUUCUGUCCAGGGUAACAAAAGGACUGUGAAUAGAGUUGCGUCUUUUACUGGAAUUGAUAAUGAAAUGAUCAAGGAGCCUGUACAUAAUAUUUCAGUUGAAUGUGUUGGAUGAUAAUAACUUUAUAGUAAGACUUCAUUUACGUAGCUUAUUUGUAGGAACACCAGUAGUACACCCAUCUACAGUAGCGGUUUUACUGUUCCACACAUUAUAACACAACAUAGCCUUUUAGGGUUUUCACUGUGAUUUUGCUAUCAGAGCUGAAUAAAGUCUUACUUUCAAGUCUUGUUUUUAAAUAACAAACUUUCUUUUUGUCUGAAUAUGUACCAGUGUUUAAUAUUUCGGCAUCAAAUAAUUUAUCUCUAUUAAUUUCUCCCCUACAAUGUUUGGUUUUACACUGCUAUUUCUUACCAGGAGUGGAAGUCCUUUUUGAUAUUAAAUAGAAAAAGGUCUUUGAAACGCUGCGUUUAUAUUAUGAUCUAAAUUUGCACUAAAGAAGGGUUAGGGUGUACUGAAGAGACAGUGGAAGGAUUCAGGAUCCGAUACUUUGAGAGUACAACCUCAUUUUGAAGGUGUUGCCCAACAUGUAUUGAUUCAGUUUUUUUCAAAUGAUAACUAUUGCUUCUGUUUGGGUUUAUAAUUUGUGUAAUAAAACAUUUUGGAUUUAGAAGUAGGAUAAUAGUUCCAAAGCAUGAGCAUAAAAAGGUUGGUUAUUAAAGAAUAUGUAAUGACUGAGGCGAUUUACGUUUGAAAAUAAACUUGAUGAUCCAUAUUGUAAA